AUGUUUGUAGCAGAAACUGAGACCAAAAGGACACAGCUUCGAGAGAAAGAGAUAGAAGGAGAGAAGCGCGGGGAUUGGAAGAAGCAAGAUGAGUUCAGCCCACCUGUACAGGAAGGAAGAGUAGCCAUUGGGGUAGGGCAAACAUUUUCUCCAAUCGCUCCAAAUCGACUACAGUCCAAGAAUGACGGUGUUAAAAUCCAUCUAGCCCAGCCCAACAGGAAGGGCAGGGCGUUGGCAUAUUACCGAACCCUCUCUUGUAGUACUACCUACUCAUUGUUUGUUCCCAUGCCCAAAAUGGGUUCUAAGUUUUGGCUGGUUUUGCUCAUGUUGGCUACGGCCAUGAUUGUUGAGUCAGCAGCAUCAUUGCAUGAUGACCUCUGGGGCCUAACCACUGUAGGCCAUGACAAUAAUGGAUUCGACUUCAGCACCGAAAUGAUGAUGGAUUCUGAGAUCAACCACAGACUGCUGGCUCAGCAGAAAAGAUACAUUAGUUAUGGAGCCCUAAAGGCUAACUCAGUCCCUUGCAAUCGUCGCGGUAGUUCCUACUACAACUGUAACAAGCGGCAAAAGGCUAAUCCUUACAAACGUGGAUGCACCACCGCCACAAAGUGCUACCGGUACACUCAUUAA